AUGGUCAGCGAAAAAGUGUUUUCCUAUCUACCACGGAAGGAUGAGCAGACCAUCAUUGGCCAGUGGCAGGCAGUGAAGGGCAGUAGUGGAAGAGCUUCUCUCUCUCUUUCUCUCACUCACUCUCUAUCUUUCUCUCUCUCUUUCUCUCACUCACUCACUCAUUCUUCUUUUUCUUCCAAUAUUUCUAUCUUCAUCUUUUUUCUUUUCCACAAGUGUUUCUUUUUUUGCUUUUAUGUAAAUUCUCUCUACUCUCUCUCUCUCUCUCUACUCUCUCUCUCUCUACUCUCUCUCUCUCUCUGUCUCUCUCUUUAUUUCUCACACUCUCUUUCUUUUUUCCCUUUUCCUUUCUUUUUUCGUUUCUUUCUCUCUUUUCUAUCGCUAUCUCAACCACUCGGUAUUUAUUUCUCUCUUUCUCUCUCUCUUUCUCUUUCUCUCUCUCUUUCUCUCUCUAUCCCCUCUCUCUCUCUUUCUCUCUCUUUCUUUCUCUCUCUUUCUCUCUUUAUAUAUUUAUUUAUUUGUCUUUUGUCAAUUUUCGUUCUUUCCUUCAUUUCUUUCUAUAUAUUUUAUUCAAACAUUCUCUUUUCCAGUCUCUUUCUGCAAUAUGUAAUCUUUGUCAGUGUCCAUAUUUUUUCAUUACUUUUCUCUACUUUCUCAUCUCUGACUUUCUUUUCAACGCGUCUUUCUGGCUCUACUCUCUGUUUUUCCCUCUCUCCCUACAUCUAUCUAUCUAUCUAUCUAUCUAUCUAUCUAUCUAUCUAUAAAUACAUAGCAUAUUUAUCUCUAUAUGUUAUCAUCAUUUCUUCUUCUUCUUCUUCUUCUUCUUCUUCUUCUUCUGUUCAUUUUCUUCUUCAUUCAUUCCUUCACUCUUUUUUGAUAAUCUUUCAUAGUCUUACUUUCUUCUUUUCCUUCCGAUUUUCAUUUUCCUUCUCUCUCAUGCUCAUCAUCUGUUUUCCUUCUUGUUUUUCUUAUUCCUUGUCACCACUUUAA